AUGGAAGAAGUUUUCGCCCGCUACGGGUACCCAGCGAGCAUUAUCACCGACGCCGCCCGUCUCUAUCAGUCCGUAAAAUGGACCCAUUACAUGGAAACCAAUCACAUACAGGGUUACACGGCGCCAGUGUAUCACCAGAGGGCCAACCCGGUAGAACGCCGUAUUCAAGAACUCAAGAAGACCAUCCGCGCCUUGGUCAUCGAGCGUCCAGCGCGCUGGCAAGAGGCCUUGCCAGAAGCCUUGUUUGCUUUGCGCACUCGAACCAACGCCGCCACGGGAGCUUCGCCGGCCAUGUUGCUAUUUGGCCAAAAUAUACGACGUCCUGGGGAUUGGGUGAUACCCGAAGCCGCCAGACCACCACCAGAACCCCGCAACGAACGUUUAGCCAGAGCCCGCCGCCGACAAGAAGUUUACCAGAGAAAUCUAUUCCCUGAGCCUCGAGAAGCCCCACGUCAUUAUCAACGAGGAGAUUUAGUCCUCACCAAAACCAGACCUGGCAACCCGCCGUUCGCACCCAAAUGGUCAGGGCCAUACCCAAUCGUCGAAGUCCUGGGCGACGGCGUGUACGUGGUAGAUCAAAAUGGCAACGCUCAGCCUAUCCACGUCGACGAUCUACGUACACCACCUCCUCCCCGAGCUAACGACAUGGACGAGGCCCCAGCCGAUCCUCCAGAGCCUGGAGAACCCGACGACGACGGCACUGCCAGCCGUAUUGGGGACGAAGAUGACGUGGUGGUUCACCCCGAGCCACUUCCUGACAUUCCAGCCCGUGUCGAGUUGCCUAGCCGACCCACGACUCCGACGUCACCACAGCCAAGUUGCUCAGUUCCCCACGAGCCGCUAUAA